GAAAACUAGUCAAAUUGUCAAAUGUCUUCCGGUGUUUAUAUUUAUCAUAAUCAAAAAUCAAAUUGUUGAAAGAAGUGGCAAAGAUAAUUAAAAUAAGAAAUUAUCUUUGGUAGUGGUAAUGUUCGCAUCACAAUCAAAAUACGAAUAUCAUAUACAUAUUUAAUGGUGCAGUGCUUCAUUUGAGUUAUCUAUUUGGAAAACUGGAUGCAAUAACCUUUUUACAUUUUAAGAAGGAAGAGAUUUACAAACACGAAUUUCAAUAGGCUUUCUCAUAUGAAUUAUGGGUGAUCAGUGGUACUAUAAUAACUUCAAUUACCCUUCACCGAAUAUCCCAAAUUACAAUCUGCAAGUUCCCCUGGAACACAAUCCUCAAAUCAGUCAAUAUUCUUAUAAUCAAUAUCAGAAUAUUACACCUUACUUUCAUCAUCCAAGCAAUGAGGCAAAUAUUUAUUCGACUCUAGCUUCAUAUCCGCCUCCAGGAGGACCUUAUAGUGUACCACCACCGAAUGCAAUUGAGUCUCAUACUGGAAACAGUUUUAAUUGCCAGGUACAACAAAACCAUCAUGAAAGUCAAGAGUCAUCUUUACCGAACGACUACACCAGAGAAUUGGAGAAAUACAGAUUCAUCAAAUCCAAAAUCAACGAACCUGCAGAUGAUCUUGAAAAAAUUAAGUCCCAAACAAGGUGGAGUGCCAAUACAUGCUUAUAAUGACAGGCCUCAUACUCAUCCUAUUUUUCCUACUUUUUAGUAGGAAAAUGCCAUACUUAUGCCAUACUUCCCGAAGUAACCUAACAGCUAACCAAGAUACAUUUUUCCUAACAACAAUACUUAUUACAGCUGUCGGACUGAUUCUUGGCUAGUGAGAAGCCAAGAUGUGUAGAAAUCUGUUAACAGUCUGUUGGAAUAUUCGAGCUGUAAACAUCCAAAUACAUGAAAUUGCAAACGAAA